AUGUCAAAUCUUCGACCACCAUAUCCAAACGAUCCAUUCGCUUCCAGCUCAUCUUCUUACGCCAUGGAACCAUCUACUUCUUCAUCCUCUUCACGACUUAACCCAAAUCCCGUAUCUUCCUCAGUACCCCAAAAUUCAUAUCUAAACGUCGAUGAUUCAGAAGGCGAAGAUGUUUUUGAUCCUCAGUCUAUCGAUCCGGAACUCAGGUUGAGGACAGUUCGUACAGCCCAUUCAGUGUUAGCUGAAUCCAUAAGAUCUGAAGCGGCAGCCGAGAACAGAGCUAAAAGGAGGAGAAACUUAUUUAAAAGUAUGAGAAGAAGGAAAUCAUCCACAAUCUCUACGACCAGUAAGAAGAAGAAAGAAAAGUCUGUGAACGAGGAAAUAGAUUUAAGUGGUAACGAUAAUUCAGAUCAUAGAAGAGGUACUAUGACUACCAUUGAUACUGAAUUCGAAUCAUCUCCAUCAAAGUCUCAGCAUCAAUCUUCUUUCCCAACACCUCCUGCAAUACCUGAAGUACAACCAUCAACGACGACGACCACGACGACUACGGCGACGUUCAUGGAAAAGAUAAAAGGUAAAGGUAAAGGUAAAGCACCAUUACCUCGUAGAUCAGUAUACGUUAAUAUACCUUUACCUUCAAAUCUCAUGAAUAAAAAAGGUGAUCCAAUAAUAAGAUAUGUUAGAAAUAAAGUGAGAACCUCAAAAUAUACUUUAAUAACUUUUCUACCUAAAAACUUAUUCGAACAGUUUAGAAGAGCUGCGAAUAUCUAUUUCCUGCUUUGUGUUAUAAUUCAGUUAUUUAGCGUAUUCGGCGCACCAAAUGCUCAAAUUGGAAUGUUACCUUUGAUAUUCAUUUUAGGUAUGACAGCCAUUAAAGAUGGUUUCGAAGAUUGGAGAAGAGCUCAAUUGGAUGAUGAAGUUAAUAAUUCCGCUACUACUAAAUUAACAAGUUGGAGGAAUUGGAAUCAACCUAAAGAUCCUAGAAAUUGGUUGGAAAAGUUGUUAAAUAUUGGUCAAGUACCCGGUAAAACAACAAAAGGAGUCCGAAAACUUCGAGAGAGAGAAGGAAAUGCGGGAAAUCAAAUAAUGAUGGAGGGUAACCAAAAAGCAGUGGCUCAAGAUCCACAAGAGGAAUUAGAUGUUAUCGUAGUAGACAAAGAGUCAUAUCCUCUAUCGACAAUGCCUUCGACAGUAAUUCCAUCAUUGAACAUCACUGAGGCCUCUACGCCGGACAUAUCUGGAGGAAAUGGGUUCAGACAAUCGCUCAUGUUGAGAAAGACGUCAAGUAUGCCCAGUAUGGUAUCUAGAAAGAGCAACGGAGUAGUCGAUUGGAGUAGACCAAACUCAGGUAACGCACAAUGGGAAAGGACAUUGUGGAAAAAGCUUGAAGUUGGUGAUCUAGUCCUUUUAAGAGAUAACGAACAAGUACCUGCAGACAUAAUCGUUCUCUCCACUUCAAACGCCGAUGAUCUCUGUUUCGUCGAAACUAAGAAUUUGGAUGGAGAAACGAAUUUGAAAAUCCGUCGAGCGCUCAAGGCAACUUCUUCAAUGAACUCGGAAGAAGAAAUGGAACAUGCUAGAUUCGUCGUCGAUUCCGAACCUCCUCAUGUCAACCUAUAUACUUACAACGGUGUACUCAGGUAUACUCCCGCGGAUGCUUAUGGUAAAGCAGAAGAGAGGAUAGAAGGUAUCACCAUCAAUGAGCUUUUACUGAGAGGUUGCUCUGUAAGAAACACAAAAUGGGUCAUUGGAAUGGUCGUAUUUACCGGUGCCGAUACCAAAAUCAUGAUGAAUGGAGGUGAUACACCCUCGAAACGGAGCAAGAUCGAAAAGGAAACGAACUUCAACGUUAUCAUGAAUUUCGUUGUCCUGGUAUUCCUGUGCUUGGUCACUGCUUUACUUCAUGGAUGGUAUCGAUCACUAACAAAAACGAGCGCUGAAUCAUACGAACCUGGUGCCGAGGCUAGUGACAAUAUUUACCUCGACUCGGUCAUCAUCUUCUUCUCCUGCCUCAUCGUGUUCCAAAACAUCGUUCCCAUCUCCCUGUACAUCACCGUUGAAAUCGUUAAGACUAUUCAAGCGUACUUCAUUUUCCAAGAUGUGGAGAUGUAUUAUGAGCCAUAUGAUACUCCUUGUAUACCUAAAACAUGGAACAUCUCAGAUGAUCUUGGUCAAAUAGAAUACGUUUUCUCCGAUAAAACCGGUACACUCACUCAGAACAUCAUGGAAUUUAAGAAGUGCUCCAUUCAAGGUGUCGUUUUCGGUGAGGGGAUGACGGAAGCUAUGAUGGGUGCCGCCAAGCGAGAUGGACAGGAUACAGGUCCAGCUAUGGAAGAUCAAGAAGUCGAAUUGAAUGAACUGAAAGGCAAAAUGCUCAAGAUGAUGAAUCAUUCCAUCCGGAACCGAUAUCUGCGAGAAGACAAAUUGACACUCAUCGCUCCUGAUUUGGUAAAUCACAUGUCAAAUUCCUCUGAUCCACUUCAACCUCAUAUCAUCGAUUUCUUCCGAGCUCUAGCUGUUUGUCAUUCAGUCCUUUCCGAUACGCCUGAUCCUGCGAAACCAUAUGAACUGGAUUAUAAAGCAGAAUCACCCGAUGAAGCGGCGUUAGUAGCUGCAGCUCGGGAUGUUGGAUUCCCCUUCAUCAACAAGAACAACACUUACCUCGACAUCGAAGUGCUUGGUACUCCUGAACGAUGGACACCUCUCCGCUUGCUUGAGUUCAACAGUAGUCGAAAACGUAUGAGUGUGGUAGCCCGAGCUCCCAACGGGAAGAUUACGUUAUUCUGUAAAGGAGCCGAUAGUGUUAUUUAUGGUCGACUUGAUCCUAAUCACGAUGAAGCACUCAAAGCGACUACUCUCAAAGAUCUCGAAACAUUCGCUAAUGGUGGAUUGCGAACUCUCUGUAUCGCUUAUCGAGAGAUGUCAGAGGAAGAAUACCAAGAUUGGUCGAAGAAGUAUGACGCAGCAGCUGCAGCUACAGUCGAUCGAGAAGGUGAAAUCGAGAAAGCAAGCGAAUUGGUAGAACAUGAUUUAACGAUUUUAGGUGCAACAGCUUUAGAAGAUAAAUUACAAGAAGGUGUACCUGACGCUAUUGCCAUGUUACAUCGAGCUGGGAUCAAACUUUGGAUUCUGACAGGAGAUAAACUACAAACUGCCAUCGAAAUUGGUUAUAGUUGUAAUCUCCUGACCAACGAUAUGGAAGUUAUGAUCAUUUCUGCUGAUUCAGAAGAAGGUGCAAGAGCUCAAAUCGAAGCUGGAUUGAACAAAAUCGCAUCGGUAUUGGGACCUCCAACGACUCCUGGAGCAAAGCGAGCAAUCAAAUCAGGAAUGAAUUCCCAAGCUACUUUCGCCGUCGUCAUAGAUGGUGACAGUCUUAGAUAUGCUCUUCAACCAAGUCUCAAAUCUUUGUUCUUGAGUCUGGGAACCCAAUGCUCAGCUGUCAUAUGCUGUCGUGUUUCCCCUUCUCAAAAGGCCUUGACAGUGCGACUUGUUAAAGAAGGAUGCAACGCGAUGACACUCUCAAUCGGAGACGGAGCCAACGAUGUGGCCAUGAUUCAAGAAGCCAAUGUUGGUGUCGGUCUCUACGGUCUAGAGGGUUCUCAAGCCGCCAUGUCGGCCGAUUACGCUUUUGGUCAAUUCAGAUUCCUGACGAGAUUGUUACUGGUUCAUGGAAGAUGGUCUUAUGUCAGAGUCGCAAACCUGCAUUCCAACUUUUUCUACAAGAACGCAAUCUUCACGAUAUCAAUGUUCUGGUUCCUCAUUUUCAGUUCUUUCGACGCAACAUAUCUCUUUGAAUACACAUUCUUAAUGUUGUAUAACCUUUUCUUCACUUCAUUACCUGUAGGAAUAAUGGGAGCCUUCGAUCAAGAUGUAAACGCAAUAGCAGCAAUGGCGUUCCCGCAACUAUAUAAAAGAGGAAUUGCAGGAUUAGAAUAUACCCGCACACGAUUUUGGCUGUACAUGUUUGAUGGAGUAUAUCAAUCGUUGGUCAUCUUCUUCAUACCUUAUUUCGCUUACGGAGGAGGAGAAACAUGGUCUUCAAGUGGUAGGGAUACGAACUGUCUGCAUGAUAUUGGGAGUACCAUUGCCGUCGCCGGUGUGUUAGCUGCCAAUUCUUAUGUUGGAAUCAAUAGUCGAUACUGGACAGUAGUCACUUGGAUAGUCAUUAUCCUCUCCACUUUGCUGGUUUUCAUCUGGAUUCCAAUUUACUCGCAAUUAGCCGUAUUACCAUAUGCUGGAGUGGCAGAAGUGAUUUAUGGAACCUUUUCAUUCUGGGCGGUUAUAAUCCUCACCUGGGUAAUUGCGGUAGGACCCAAAUGGUGCAUAUCAGCUUUCAAACAAUCUUACUUACCAAAAGAUAAAGAUAUAGUCAGAGAAGCUUGGAUAUCUGGUCAUCUGAAGAAAGAAUUAGGUAUCAAACGUAGAAGGCAUUCAAAAAGGUUGUUAAACAAGGAUAUAUCAGAAGAAGAAGCUACUGUACCUUUACCACAGACUAGAAAUCCUCAAAGAAGAACUAGUCUGAUUGAUCAUUUCACGACGACUACAUCGAAAUCCAAUGAAAUUUACGAAGAUGAUGAAAGGGGUAAUUAUCAACCUGCACUAACUUUUAGUCCUAGAAAAGAUUAUUCAAGAUCACCGAAUGUAUCAGAUGAUGGUACAGGUACGAAUACACCUAGUCUAUUCAGUUAUCCACCUUCACCAAUUAACUUGCCUCAAUCUCAACAACAAUACCAGAACCAAAAUCAAUAUCAGAAUAAUCCAUCGUCAAUAAAUCUAAUCAAUAAUUCUAGUAUACCAAAUUCACCCAAUUCCAAUUCCAAUAAAGGUCGACCUCAUUUGCACUCAAUGUUUGGCAGACAGCUAUCAGAUCCAGGACAACUUUCACCCGGUCUGGAUGUACCUAGGAACUAUAAUUACUAUAAUAACAGCAAUCACAAUCAAUCUCAUACGGAACAACCUAUUUCAUCAUUCAAUUCACCUACCUUAUCAAAUGCCGAACAGGAAAUCCAAAGGGAAGUUCAAAGAUUAUCCAGGACUUCAAUCGACAUUAAAAGAGCUAGUCUGUCAGGUGAAAAUAGUCCAAUCAUAUCUCCAAAUGCAAAUGCGAGUGGAAGUGGAUCUUCUUCAAGAAGAAAUUCGAUUAUUUCACCUAGAAGAAGGAAAAGCUUACCUUUAUCUGGGAAUAUAUCACCUAGAAAAGGUAAUAGUAAUCCCACAAGUCCAAAUAUGGAUGGAAAUGAGCUUAGUCCUAUAAGAGGUAGUUUCGAUAUGAAUACCACCCACAACGAUGUAUUCACAUCUGGAUCAAUGCAAGCUCAAACUUCGAGAAGUCUAGGAUAUAACAAUAGGAAGAGAAACGAUGAUGAGAUGUCGAAUAAUCAAUGGGAAGAUCAAAGUCAAAGUCUAUCACAAGGAAGAACUAUAAAUAACGUCAACAGUCGUGGUGCUGGCGCUGGUGCUGGUGGAUUCGGUUAUGCUGUAUAG